AGAGCAUUAAAAACUACAACUCCCACAAAGAAUACCAUAAGCGCUUGCGCUUUACGAGAAAUCCGAAGUGAAACUACAGAUAAGCUCUCUCUGAUUGGAUGCGUUUUCUGAACUACAACUUCCAGUACAACUAAGCGCUAAGGUAUCUAAAGCCAUUUAAAUCUACGUGCAAAAUGGCUGCGCAGAUUGGUUUGGUUCGAAUAAAAGUAGAGGAAAAGGUGAGGGACAGUUUGGAUAAAUCGACCAAAGAGAAGAAAAAAAAGAAGAAAAGGGAAUGCUCACCUCCUCCUGACAAGCGAGAGAAAUGCGAGAAAGAGGCUAAAAAAGUUAAGCUUCAUCACCAUCACCACCAAGAACACGUUCAACAACGGACACCCCAGCCGCAUCAACAACAACAGCAGCAGCAGAAUUCACAACCGCGCACCUUCACUUCGGAAAAUGCCCCCGUGCAGCAUCCCCAUAACCACCAUCACCACCACCACCAUCACCACCACAACCACCACCACGCCAAGAAGGACUCCCUGCUCGUCGGCCCCCAUCGGAAGGUGGCCCCGCCGCAUCUCGGGCAGAAGCCUCUGCCUCCGAUCCUACCCACGGUACAGCAGGGGCUCUUCACCUUCGCUCCGCUCAAAGUGGCCAAGGCCAAAACCCAUAAUAGCAAGGACAAGCCGGCGGAGAAAGACCACAAGCUAAAGCCGAAGAAGGAGAACUCGGAGGCGAACGUCAAAGCGGUGCUGAGCAAUAAAAAGAAAGAACCCGGGGAUGAGAAUGGUAAAAGUCCGCUGGUGGAUGAGUACCUGCUGAAGAAGAAGAAAAAGAAGAGGAGGCACCGCGAGGAUGAGCGAGGCAAGCGGCUUAAGAUGUACCACAAGGAGGUACAGACAGUGUGCGCCGGACUGACGGGGGACGGCCCCGGGACUCCGCCCCCAGGUGACCCCACGCUCACCUACCUGAAGGACGAGCAGCUCUGCCAGCCUGGCCCGGGCACUGAGGAGUACCGCACACCCCAUGGGGUGCGCGCGCCUUUCCUGUCCCACCAGGACCACUUCAUCCGCAGCUGCUGCUUGCAGACGGGCUCCCGCUACGGGAGGCUCCUCCACGAGGAGCGCCAGGCCAAUGGCGGCGCUGCCGUCCUGCACGCCUACGCCGACGAGAUCUCCUUCCUGACGCCCAGCGAGAAGGAAUGCUUCGCCCAGGAGUUCCUGCAGCUGGCCUUCACAGAAAGCCCCCAUAGCGCUGCCCGCUAUGCCCUGUCAGUGGUGCACGGUGCCGCCGCCUACCUGCCCGAUUUCCUCGACUACUUUGCCUUCAACUUCCCCAGCACGCCCGUCAAGAUGGAGAUCUUGGGCAAGAAAGAUAUCGAGACCACCACCAUCGCCAACUUCCACUCUCAGGUGAAUCGGACCUACUGCUCCGGAACGUACCGGGCUGGUCCGAUGAGACAGAUCAGCCUGGUGGGGGCCGUGGAUGAAGAGGUGGGGGAUUAUUUCCCAGAGUUUCUCGACAUGUUGGAGGAGUCUCCCUUUCUCAAGAUGACCCUGCCGUGGGGCAGCCUGUCCAGCCUGAAGCUGGAGUGCCGCUCCCAGAGUGACGACGGGCCCAUCAUGUGGGUGCGGCCGGGUGAGCAGAUGGUGCCCACGGCCGACGUGCCCAAGUCGCCCUUUAAGAGACGCAGGUCCAUGAAUGAGAUCAAGAACCUGCAUUAUCUGCCACGCACCAGCGAGCCGCGAGAGGUUCUUUUCGAGGACCGGACCCGUGCCCACGCGGACCACGUGGGCCAGAGCUUCGACUGGCAGAGCACGGCGGCGGUGGGCGUGCUGAAGGCCGUGCAGUUCGGGGAGUGGAGCGACCGGCCCCGGAUCACGAAAGACGUCAUCUGCUUCCAUGCAGAAGACUUCAACGAUGUCGUCCAGAGGCUGCAGCUGGACCUUUACGAGCCCCCGGUCUCUCAGUGCGUCCAGUGGGUGGACGAUGCCAAACUGAACCAGCUGCGCCGGGAAGGCAUCCGUUACUGUCGGGUGCAGCUGUGCGAUGACGACAUCUACUUCAUACCCCGCAACGUCAUCCACCAGUUCAAGACGGUGUCUGCUGUCUGCAGCCUGGCCUGGCACAUCCGCCUCAAGCAGUACCAUUCGUCAGACGACCAGACGGCCCACGCCUCCGACUCCACCCACUCCAACACCAAAGUGCCCCCAUCUCCCCAGUCGCGCGCCCCAGAGACUGCCCAGGAUGUGAAUGUCAAGCGGGAAGACCCCAUGUUCCAGAGGCCCGCCACGCCCCCAAGGCAGCCCCCGAACGCAGUGUCUCCGUGCAUAGAGCCCCCACCUGCGGCUGCAUUUCCACAGGCCCCCACCCUACCUGGGCAGGACUGCUCCUUGUCCUUCUGUGACGAGCAGAAGAGACCCGUGCGUCCCCCCGAGUGAUAUCUCCUGGUUGUUUUAUACCAUCGGACUGGAGGGUAAGGGCCGGGGGGGGUUGGGGGGUAUUUAAAAAUAAGAGGUUGUCUGUAAGUGUUUGACAUUCCAUAUUGUCAGAAACAAAAUUGGGGGUCACCCCUGCAAUUGGAUACAGAUUGUAUGUUUUAUUCUUUUUUUAUGAAACAGUUUUUUUUGUCUUGUUUUUAGUAAGAAGUCCUGUUUCUUUUUAAAUCAGGUGUCAAUAUUUGUGUUUUUUUUCCAUUUUGUUUUUUGAUCAUUUUAUUGUACAGUGGUAGUUUUAUAAAGGAGCUGCAGUUCUUAGGAAGUUGUUUUAUGUUACUUCAUUAAAUCGUUUUUCCAGAAAGUGCCUGCCAAAAAUGGGGAAAAAACAGUCGCGUUUGAAGUGACGAUUGUGAAAUUAACUUAUUGCCAUUUCCCCAUCCAUGUUUGAUCCUUCAGCAGAAGCAGGUACGAGGCAAUUGACCCUGAUAUCUUUAGUUCCCAGUUAGAAAAUAUUCACUGGUGCCUCUUGGUGCAUCUGAGAUUCAGUCUUGGAGUCUAGCUGGUCUAUUGGUCAGGAAUUCUAUACAGCCCAGUUUAUAAGGCAGUUUAAUUCGCAGCAUAAGGCACAUCUGUCAAAAACAGCUCUUCUGAAACCAGUUUGUUGCAUGGCGGUCAGAUUUUUGUCUGGGUCACGUGACGACUUUAAUCUUGGCCCCCUAGAGGACACAGGCAGCAGCGAGCAGAAGCAUAGUCAUUAGACAGGCUUUCUUUCCACAUCAUCUUUCAGGGUCUAUCUCUGCGAUACUGUAAAUCUCAGGAACUCCGUGCCGUCCGUUGCCAUUUCGGAGGGAAGAGAUGUGUCGUAUGGAGGAGAAGGAAAACCUUUUUGUCUGUUUCAUGUAUAUAAAAAUGAAUAAUAAGGUCUGGCUCCCAGAAAACCGGGUACAUGGGAGAAAUUUUUAAUACCCGCACGCCACUCAUCUUUUACCCAAAAAUUACCCAAAUGCUUCCUGUUACCUGUAGCCAAUAACAAAAGCUGCUGUUGAAAAUCAAACUGUAAAAUAAUCCCCAAAAAUUGUAAUGUAUCUCUAAUCAUGUGAUUGUUUGGUAACAGUCAUUUGUUUGCCAUACAGUCUUGUCGGUAGACUCUGGAAACACAUGUUGCCAUUUUUCCUCUCCAUACAUUCUGCUCACCGGGCAGUUGGCUUCAGUAAUGUAGUGAUAUCAUCAGUGGGGUCAUUCUUGUUUGUUCUUUAUUUGUUGUGGUGUGAGGGGGGGGGGGUUUUAAACGUUAAAUUGCAGCCCGUGUCAUCAGAUCUGAUGGAAGCUCCUCCUCAUGCCAUCUGAGCUUUCUGCAAAGCUCGCAGAGUUCGCCAGAUUUGAGCAUGGGAGGAAAUAUUACAAACGUUUUAAUUAAAGCCUCUUUAGUCGCAGUUCAUUAACUGAAGGCUAGCUUUGAUUAUUUGUUUUCCCCCGUUGUGCUAAAACCAAAUUGUUAAAAACAGUUUGGGGUGGGCAUGGUGGUAGUGACUAAAUGUUUCAAACUGUCUUAUGUUUUUCUUCUGAAAAAUAACAAGUGUUAUUUUCAGUGCAAUAAUUAUGCAAAUCGGUCAUUAAUUAUGUAUAUUUGACCCCUAUACGAUUAGCACAAGCUGAUUAAAUAACGCGAAUGAGUAAAUAUCAUAUCGUGAGUUGCACAGAUUUGAAUUUGAACAAAUUAUUUGAUGAAUUACCCUGACUGGUUAGACGCUCAUCCUGGCUUGGGAAGCGGAAAUCGUGGUGUUCCGCUGCCGCGAUGGCAGUGGGAGGAGUCUUUUCCUCCUCACCUUCAGCGUGGCAGCCUGUCAUCGCAAGGCAUGGAGCCUUAAAGCACUUAAUGUAAGAUUUUUUUUUUUUUUUUUUUUUUAGCAGACAUACAUUUUGAGAGCAUGAGGGGGUUUAGGACCCAGCAGUGAAAUUAGUCUGUCAAACCUGGGGUUUGAACCGAUCAUCUUAUGAUCACAGGCACAGAGUCCUAACCUGCUUAGCCACACGCUACUCCUGAAUCAUGGUUUUCAUAGAUAAAAGCUGCCCCCUCUCCACAUUCUUUGCUAUGUGUCUCCUGUACAAAGUUUUAAUGGCUGCCAGGCAUUCUGUGCUGUGCUCUCAUCACCUAUCAUUUUUACCUUAGACAUGGGAGGUAGGUGGGUGUGUGUCGGGCUGGGGGGUCUUGUGGAGGCAGAAUGCUUUAUAUUGGGUUAUAUCAAAGUUGCUAAUAGUUAAAUCUGACUGAAAUCCUCGGUGGGUAUACUGCCUUCCAAAGGCAAAACACAAGAACUGCAUAUUUUAUCAAAUACCGAAAUCAGGUGUAUUACAAUCGUUUAAAUUGUAAACUUUUAAGCAUAAACUGUUUUAUCUCAUGGCCAAAUGUCUUCGUUCAGGUUGGUUUUGAAGAACAGCGUGAAAAUGACUGCAAAUACAAAAUGUGACCUAAAAUGUGUCUGUGUAGUUGCUGUGUUUCGCCUUUGGAGGGCAGUGUACUGGCUCCAAGUUCAGUGAUAUUUAUUUUUUUUACAUGGAGUUUAAAAGGCCUUCCUCCUUCAAGACGGUUCUGCAAAUGUUGUGAAAAAACUGCUGUAAUUAUAUAUGGGUAUAAUAGGUGUCUGGCUGAUAAUCAUUAACUCCAAUACUGUUUACCAUUAACCAACUUGUGAAACUGUAAUAUAUUUAUCUACGUAUUGGCAAUAUGUGCUUUUUUUCCCAGUGCAUUUAAAUCAUGCUUUUUCCCCUCAGUGUUGAUUUUAAAAUAAAUAUCCAUAGUAAGUUGUAUCAAUGGCUAUAGCAAUUUGUAUACUGUUAUAGGAUGAGUGAUACAGGGUGCAGUGUGGUAGCCGCUGUCUUCGGCGUAGAGAUGUGCUUGAUGUGUUUUUUCCCUCCGUCCCUUUGAAGGCAGCGGUGCUUUGAAAAGGAUGAAAUCGCGUGAACGGCGGGUUCCGACGCAGGAAACGUUUUUCGUUUGGUCUCCGUGUUCUCUUUGAGAUGCAGGUGUCGCCGCGUCUGUUGCUGGUCAAGUGACGUACUUGUUGGUGCGUCAGCUUUUCACGGCAGUCCCGUGUCUUUUGCUCCAUGCCUCCUAGAGAGACGAACCCCCCGCUAGUGUCCGAACCAGGGCUUGCAGUUCAACACCAGCAACACUGGCGAUUUUACGGAGGCCCCAGUCCCCUACCAGUACCGUAAAUGUUUUUUUUUUUGCGUGCAGUUGGGUUAAAUUAAUGGUGUCUUUGUGCCGUUAGACUGAGUGCAUCCUUCAGUGCCUUUAAGCCAGUCCAGUUACUCCCCUCUGCCCUCUUCUUCCUGAGGCGAGACGCGCCGGUCGGUGGUAGAAGCCCAGCUUGCACUUCAGACGUGGCACAUGAUCAUGGUAAAUCUGUCACUCUGCAUCCUCCAGCCCUCUAGACAGUUUUACUGUGUCAUGCUCUUUACCUGAAGGACCUCGUCAAGCAAAUACUUUUGUAGGCAUGGCUCAGCUUGGCUGUGCCGGUUUUACUAUGGGCAUUGGCUUAGGACCCAGUCCUAAGCCCACAUUUCCCUUCUGUUCCACCAGACUGGGUCGAGAACCGCUAAAAUACUGGUUUGCCUGAGGCCAUGGUCAUGAACCUUGUACAUUGUGAAUCAGGCUUUAAUCAGUAAAGAGGAUUCAUGUGUUGUUUAGGUUAUGUUCUAAAACUUUUAUUAUUAUUAUUAUUAUUAAGUGUAGGACUGGCUUUGUGACCUGUUUUCUAGCAUAUGAAAUAAAUAUUUUAACAGUUUUGGUCCGAUGGAUAGCAUUUAGUGAGUGUAUUUCUGGAUCUAGUGUAGGAUUAAAAAGCAAAGAAAAUGGCAGCUAAUUUUUGUUCUGUUUUUGGUUGUUCUGUACAUCUUAAAGUUUGCCUGGGGAUCAUGGCAUGAUUCGUGUAACGACAUCAAUAGUUGCUCUUGUUAAUGUCUGUACUGAAGAUUUUCUUUAUCUUGACUUCAAGAAUUGUUAGUAUGAAAAUAUUAUAUAGAUUAACCUUUUUGGGGAAAAACAUAAUCCUUUACAUUUAAUAGAGCUCUGUAAAAUGUGUGGAUCUUUUCAAUUGUAUGAUUGUGUACGAUAAUACACACACAAUGGAAUGCAUAGACUUUCUUGUAUUUUUUUAAAUAAAUCGUUUUAAAAUGGU